UAUUACAUCUUACUGUACAUCGGCUCAUCUCAGAAGAGUGAUCUCAACUACAGAGUGUGGUAAACCAACUGAAGAGAAGAUUUAUUCUGGUCAAUUUCAGAUUCAGAAGCAAGAAUGUCUCAAACUGCUGUACCCAUGAACUCUUCGACACUUGUCAUCCCGUUUCAACCACCAACACAAACAACAGCAGCUGGAACUGGGACAAAUGCUCCUGUGCCUGUUUAUGUACAGCAGCCAGCCGGAGUUUCACCUUUUCAUAGAAUUCAGGCAUUUCUGAAAGGCCAACCAAAAGCUCUUGGGACUGUCCAGAUAAUGAUUGGUCUGUUGACUCUCCUGUUGGGAAUCGUGUCUUCACUUCAUCCAGAUUCCAUCUUUGUCUAUAGUUGUAUUCCUUACUGGGGAUCUCUCAUCUACAUUAUCGCAGGCUCACUCUCCAUUGCUGCAGAAAACAAAAUGAAUUCACCCUCCAGUUUAUGUUUGGUGAAAGGUUCACUUGGAAUGAACAUUUUCAGUACUUUAAUUGCAGGCAAUUCCUUUAUCAUAAUUUCAGUGGAUUUUGCUACAGGGCCAUUGAACAAUUACUGCGACAAUUAUCAUGAUUGUUAUGAUAAUGAUGGAAAGUAUAAGACUCUCUUCUUUGGAAUCAGUAGUGUAUCACUGAUAUUCGCCCUCCUUGAGUUUAUCAUCUCCAUCUGUCUGUCAGCAUUUGCCUGUAAAGUCGCCUGCUGCUGUUCUCCACAGGUUCCGUUUGUUCCACAAGUUAUAACUCAACAGCAUGAGAUAUCUGUGGUCAGCAACCCUUCAACGCAUCACCUUCCUGCUGAAGUUCCUCCACAAUACACUGAAUUUAAAUAAUGAAUAUUAAAACAGAGUUGAGGUGGGACACAUGAGUUUCCCAGUGAUUUCCUGUCCAUUAUCUCUUCUUUCAUUAAAAAGAGAACAUGACAGCAAAGAAAAAAGUUAUCAGAUAAUAAUUACAAUUUUUUUGUCACAAAUGUGUAAACAAUAACAAUUCAAGACUAGAUACUAUUUCAUGUUUUUCUUUCUUUAAUGAAGUAAAGAAAUUUGCCUAAUUAUCAAUGUAACUAAAUAGAUUGUUUGAUAAACUAAAUGCUUAAUAAAGUAUA